CUUUUACCCUAGAGGUCAUGCGAUGUAUGACGUCAUCAAGUCAUUUAAUAUAUUAUAUACCUUUAAGCCAAUGUUCAUUAGGCCUCAGUCAGUCAGUGACCUCGAAGGUGGAAGGUUGCACGUCGUCGCGUCUGAGUUUGCGCUGGUUUCGAUAGCUGAGAUCAAAACCUUCUGAAACCCGCCUGACAAACAAUGUCAAGAACCUUGGUGACCUACUCGAUCCUACAGGGCAUGAAAUGCAGUUACUGCGGGAAGCUGUACGUGAAACCGCGCUGCCUUCAGAACCACAUCAUUCUGCGACAUUCCAUCUCGAUCAGCUUGCCCCCCAUCCAUAAAGAGACCUGCUGUGUAGGGGGAGUUGGAGGAGGAGGACACAACAUCACUAGUCGUCACGUCCUGCGCGAGGUGCAGAACUUCCACGGUACCGCCCCCAGCGGACCUGCCCUUCUAUCGAGAGGGACGCUUCCGCGGUGAUGUGUUUACAACCGACAACGGACGUUGCCGUUGUCAACUCCGCGUUGUCACAGCGUCAGCACCACCACAGCAGCGAGAGGGAGAGGAACCCCAUUUUAUCCAUCGAUAUCCUGGGUCUCUGCGCGGACGAAUUGUAUCCCCCAGACCAGGAAAAGCAAGAGCUCCCUUCAGAGGAGGGACCUUCGCCAGGAGAGCCCGAUCGAAAACAGGAGCCCGGGGAGAAGUCCUUCUUAGAUGUCUUAGACGCGAUCGACUUCGACGAGAAGGAAAACGGCGGGGAAGUGGACGAGAAGAACAUUGACAUUGCACCGUCGGCAGUUCCACCGGUAUUCUCGGCCCCACCGGAAGUGAUGACGGAAGACGACUCGCAAUUCUUCGAAAAGAUCACGUGCAUCGAGGACCUGUGCAAGUUCGAGUAGGCCCGGGCAACUCAUUAGAAAAACAGACGCGGGUCAAUAUAAAGAAUAUUGUUUGCAGAACUCUUAAGUUAAGUCUAAUAUGGUAUUAGAGCUUUUAAGAAAGGCGGGUGUUGUGUCUCCCACAAGGACGAAAAAUGCUUUAUUUUUUACUUGAAAAGGAUGCCAAGGGACUUAUUAUCCUGGUAUUAAAUGCGGUGAUUAGUGUCAAUAAAAAAAACAGCUUUAACCAAUAUGUAUGUAGUGAAGUUCCCAUUUUUUUUAUAUUAUUAUUUUAACUCGUGAUUCUGAUGUUAACUUUCCUUAUAUCAUUUACCUGUUGGAGUUAUCUUCUGUACGGUCUUCAUACUAAAUCUAUUUAGAAGUGUGAAUAAAACUAAGAAAAUUAAGAGGGACGUAGUCCAAUGGGAUAUUUGAAAUCAUAUUUUUAUUUAAAGAAAGCCUUAUUUUUUCAAGGUUGUUGUAAUGUUUAUUUGUUUUAUUGUCAGUUAAAAUAGGACAAAGGAAUGAUCAGGUUCCUCCAGCAAUCUUCACAGAUAAUGCAGCUUUUCUAAAAAAAAUUUAUUUUUAUUUUUAUUUGUGUAUGAGCAUAUUCCAUACCUUUUUAAAUGGUCACAGAACCUAUGUUGUGUUUUAGCAAUAUUCUUAAAAGUGAACUGCUAUGUUUGUCUUUCGCGUGUAUUUAUAUUUAAACUAGUUACGAUAAAUAUGAUUUCACUUUGCUUGUUAAUAAUGUUCAAAAGCUGAUAACGUUAAGAGUCGAACACCUUUAGAACUGAUUAUGACGUUGAUGAGUGUUAAGGCAAAUAACUGCUAUAUCUGUUAUCGAUUGAUGCCCUUACUGCAUAAUGAUAUAGUAAUAAUAGGGAGUUUUAUAAACGUCCUAGUAAGUAUUUUAUCUAUGUGAUUAAAGUUUUAAUCAAACUGAAAGUUCAGUAAAUAGACAGGAUUUUAUUCGUCUCACGUUUUCAGUAAAAACAAUGUUAUGCUUACCAACUACAAUAUUGUCUACUUAUAUUUAUGUAUGCUUAUUCACACCUGUACUGUUACCAGUUAAAGACAUUACUUGUAUAAUACAUAAAUCUUUAUUUUUUAUCAUAUUUAUAGCGAUAUUUAGUUCAUCAAAUGGCCAGUGCUAUUAUUUUGUCUUAUCAAAAUCUUGAAAAAUAUUUUUGAAGGAAUUAUGGUUUUUGAAGAUGCUUAAGUGAGAAUGGUACUAACAAUAUAAAAUAAAAAUUGUUGUGAGAUACGCAUGUUUAAUCACCUAAUAAAAUAUAUGUAAACGCUUGACGCC